GUUGUGUUUCAGGGAUCGCAGAGCAGGAUGGCGGCGGGCUCCGUGUCUGUGCCGCAGCUCAUUCCGCUCCGGGUCCCUGUUCCAGGGCAGGCCAAGCACCGCAUCGACAGCGGCACCCGGGUGGAAAUCAAGUCAGAUACACCUGAGGUCUCUAUUUAUUACACUUUAGAUGGAAGUAAACCAGAACUUUUUAGGAAGCCUGGCUAUGGAGAGCGUAACACUUUUAAGUAUAAGAGUCCUAUCACGUUACCAGUCGGGAAAAUAACAGUCAAGGCUCUUGCAGUUACCAAGGACUGCAGGGAGAGUGCUGUUGUGACAAAGGUGUUUCUAGUAGAGUACAAGCAACCAAACGGCCUCUUCUCUAUGGAAGAUGAUGACAAGAAGUUCCUAAAAGAUGUCACAACACAGGAGAAGGAAGAUGGAACAUUUACUACAAAACCAAGGCAAAAUGGAAUGGGUGUGGAAAUCAAGCCUGCCUGGACUGAAACACCCCGGGAUGUUCAAGAAACAGAAAGAAAGACUGAUCACAAGUCCCUGCAAGGACCACAGCUCCUGACCAGCCCUUUGGGAACAGCAGGGUACGGAGAGGAAUCCUCAGUACUACCAAUGGAGUCCUCACAGUUUGCCAGUUCUGCAGUGACCAGCCGGAAGAGCUUAACAAGCACACAGGUGGCAAGGAUCCAGAGGGAGAGAGAUUUCCUCAGAUGUUCGUACUGCUCCGCACCCCGCCUGUCUGACCCCUUGGCUCACUUCUGCCAGGAAUGCGGCUCUCCUAUCCCACCCGUGCCAGUGCAUCGCUUCCCAUCCCCUGAACGAGCACAGAUGGCACCAUGUCUUGAAUGCAGACAUCUCGUGCCAAUGAAUACACCCACCUGCAUUGUGUGUGAGUCACCAAUAGAUCCACAAUUGCGGCCCCAGACCAACUCCUGCUUUAAGGGCAAAGUAAUAUGUCAGGCAUGUGGCACAGGAAAUCCUCUGCACCAUAAACACUGUGUGACCUGCGAAAGCAAACUGCCUGAAACACAGAUGCCCAUGUUGAGAAGAGAUCCCCCCCCACCUUACACCAGUCAGCAAGGGAAGACAGUGUUCUGCUCAAAAUGCGGUCGUGUGAACCACUGUGAUGCACGUUUCUGCGACUGGUGUGGAGCCAAGCCUGACCCUCCUCCAUGCUACUUUACUUGUUCCAAGUGUGGUACAAAAACUCGUCCAUAUGCUCGGUUCUGUGGGUCCUGUGGUGUGUACAUAGAGCCCCCAUCAAGGCUGAGUUCUCAAAAUGGAGUUUGCAUGGAUUCUGGAGACUCACCGAGGUUUUCUGAGACUAAAUCACUUCAAGCUCAAGUUGUCUGGCAGCCUCUUCCUAUUUCCUUGUCCGAAUCAAGAGCAAAACUAAAAGAAACAGAAGAUAAAGGAACCCAAACUGUUGGACUUUUUUACCCAUCUAGCAAAUUGCUGGAAAAGAAGGAACUUGAGCUGGUUUUACACAAAGAAAAGCUGCAAAAGAUGAGUGAUCAUAAGCCUCUCCUGACAGCUAUAAGUCCCGGAAAAGGUUACUGGAGAAAACAGCUGGAUCAUGUUUGCGCUCACCUUAGAAGCUAUGCCCAGAACAACCUUGAAUUCAGAGCACUGGUUGGAGAACCUCAAAUGGGAAAGAUCACGUCUGCUGCCAUCCAUGAGAAUGACCAUCAAGUCACUAUUACGUUAAAUUAUGCUCUUGCUAUUAACAAGGGUGCUCAUACCAAACCAGUCAAGUUCAAUAAUCAUUACCUGAACAGCCUAACAGAGGGCAGAGGUGAACAGGAUGGCAGUCAGACUAGUUCUGGCAAAGAAGAUCACAAUCUUUCAUAUUCAAGAGGCAAAAUAAAGAGAACAAAGUCAAGAACUCUCACAGAAAAAGAAGAUAAUCUGCUGCCAGAGUCCAGACAACUGCUGGAUGAAUUGGGUCCAAAUGGGAAAGGAAGAAUCACCUUGAUAGAACAGUUGCUUAGUGAAGGAGCUGACCCAAACUGCAUCAGUGAUGAGGCCCGACCUGCUCUGACGGUGGCUGUCCUUAACAGGCACGCAGAAGCGAUCUCUCUUCUUGUACAGAAAGGCGCUGACAUUGACCAGCAGUCAGGACUGCACAACAACACUGCUCUCCAUGAGGCAGUUCUGCUUGGACUGGAGGGAGAGGAAUGUAUCCGAGCCCUGUUACGCUGCAAUGCAAGUAGCAAAAAGAAUACAAAAGGGCAAUCGGCAUACGAUUUGGCUGUUACAGCUGGAAGUAUUGACAUUAUUUCAUUGUUUGCAAGGGAGCUUGGACAGGGAGUGCUGGACAGCCUCACAAAACUGAGGGACGUUGGUCUCAACAGCAUUUAAUCACAACUGCCAUUUCUCCAAUAUGGAGCUCAAGGUUCUCUGAAUUCAUGAGAACUUAAACUCACAGAUCCAGCUCAGUUCAGUCUGCAGACUUCACGGAAUCAUGCAAUAAACUCUGAUUACUCUGUAAAA